AUGUUGCGCACGUUUUUCACGGCCUCGGUCAGGUCCUUGAAAUUGGCAGAUUUAAGCAGCUUCAACUCGUACUCAUUGUUUGGGUCUGAAGCGGACGCAUCGUUCAACUCGAACGAGUUCGAGAACUUGAUGAACACGUUGAACUUGCGCAUGAUGGUCUGGACGGUCUGGCCACCAACACCAAUGAUUUGUCUGUGGAAGGACUCUGGCACGUUGAACGUGAGCAUUGUUGGAAGCUCGUCCUCGAAAAGGCCGAGCCCUAAAACAGAGUCCAUCAGGUCGUUGCAGUUGAUUUCAACGAUGAAGUUGUCAUCAGUGAAAGGAAGCAGUUUGAUCGAAACAGAAGACAUGUUCAUGAUCUUGAUGAUCUUACCGUUCUUCUUACCUGAAAUGAAAUCUUUCUCCUUGUUGGAGAGCUCAAUCUGGUAA